AUGUCUCGACAGAGGAGACCAGCCGGCGUGCUGAAGACGGCUCUGGCCGUAACGGUGGCGCUGUCGGCAUGGAUUCAGAAUGCAGCGGCGGCGAAUAUUCUGAGGACGACCGGAUUCACGACGUGUGGCACCAAUGCGAACGUGACGGUGCAAGAGAUAGAAAUCGAGUACAACAGCGACAGCCAGACGGUGACGUUUAACGUGGCCGGCACCAGCACCAAAGAGCAGAACGUCACGGCCAAGAUCGACAUCACGGCAUACGGAGCCCAGGUGUACUCGAGGUCGCUCAACCCGUGCGCGACAGGCACGUAUGUGCAGCAGCUGUGCCCAGCGCCUGUUGGCCAGUUCUCUGCAAGCGGUUCCCAGGUGAUUCCAGCAGCAUAUGCGAGCGUGGUGCCGUCGAUCGCGUUCCGGGUACCGGACAUUUCGGCACAAGCGACACUGCGGCUCGUGUCGGUCGCAGACGGGUCGGAAGUGGCAUGCGUUCAGGCGGAGGUGACGAACGACAAGACGGUCGACCAGCCGGCGGUGUCGUAUGCGGCUGCCGGCCUGACGGGUGCGGCGCUCCUUAUCAGUGGUGUCAGCGCAGUGGGCGCAGCUAUGGCCGGCGGUAGCGGAGCAGCGGGCGGAUCGGCAGCAGCAGGCGGUAUCGGGACGCUGAGCCCCGGCUUCACGGAGGUGUUUGGCCUGUUCCAGGGCAUGGCGAUGAACGGCAUGCUGUCGGUCAACUACCCGCAAGUGUACCGCAGCUUCUCGAAGAACUUUGCCUUUUCGACCGGCCUCGUGCCGUGGACGCAGCUGCAGACGUCCAUCGACAACUUCCGGGCUGCGACGGGCGGCAACCUGACGGACAACAGCGUGGCGUACCUGCGGAACAAGACGCUGGUCUAUUCGGAAGGGUCGAGCUCGACGGCCAAGCGGGCGGUGCAUGCACGAGGCGUGCAGGUGGUGCGGGAGAUUGCGACGAGCGUCAACGGCAGCUCGACAUCGACGACGACAGCGAUAACGAAGGCCGAGAACGCGACGGAACAGUCGUUCCAGAAGACGGUCAGCGGGAUCAAGGCGUUUGUAGAGGAACUGAGCAUCCCGUCGGCCAACACGUUCAUGACCGUGCUGCUGAUCGUGGCAAUUGUGGUUGCGGUCAUCACGGUCGGGCUGCUGUUCUUCAAAGUGGUGCUGGAGGUGUGGUCGCUGGUGGGCCGGUUUCCCGAAUCGCUGACGCCGUUCCGCAAGCAUUACUGGCGGUCGAUCGGCCAGACGCUCACGACGCUGGUGCUGCUGCUAUACGGAGUAUGGGUGCUGUACUGCAUGUACCAGUUCACGCGUGGCGACUCGUGGGCGGUCAAGCUGCUUGCUGGGCUGACGCUGGCAACUUUCACGGGCAUUCUGGCCUUCUUCACCUUCCAGAUCGGAAACACGGCCAAGAAGCUGCAGGAGGCCGAGGGCGACGUCGGCGGGCUGUUCGAGAACAAGCGGCUCUGGGACCGGUACAGCAUGUUUUACGAGUCGUACCGGCGGCGCUACUGGUGGAUCUUCCUGCCAACGAUCUUGUACAUGUUUGUCAAGGGCGUCGUGCUGGCGGUUGGCGACGGCCACGGGCUAGCCCAGACGGUGUCGCAGAUGCUGAUCGAGAUCGGCAUGCUGGCGCUGCUCUGCUGGAGCCGGCCGUAUGAGCGGCGGUCGGGCAAUGUGAUCAACAUCAUGAUCCAGGUGGUGCGGGUGCUGUCGAUUGUGUGCGUCUUCAUCUUUGUCGACGAGUUUGACAUUGCCGAGACGACGCAGACGGUGGCCGGAGUCGUGCUGAUUGUGGUGCAGUCGGUGCUGUCGGCCGCACUGGCGAUCCUGAUGGGGUGGAACGCCCUGAUUGCGUGCAUCAAGGAGAACCCGCACAAGAAGCGGCAACGAGAGAUAGAGGAAGCCCGUGACAAUGACGCGCUGACGCCUCUCGACGCCCGCAACUCGCUGCUUCAGCCCGGCCGGUCCGCUCCGAUGGACGAGAAGAACGCGGCCUUUAUGAUGACCAACAUGGGCGACGUGGACUUUGCCAACAGCGGUGGCGACGACAAGAAGCGGCAGUCGAGGCUGUCGGUUCUCUCGUCGAGGGCGGCCAAUUUUGUGAGCGGUCCGCUCGGCGUUCGGCGACUGACGCCCACCUCUCGCCUGGGGGUCGACACGGAAGCAGCCGACAACGGCCUCCUCGGACACGCAGCACCGAUCGCACAGUCGGUGUCGUCGACAAGCUUCAGUGCACGGCAGCCGAUCCUGGCUAACGCGGGCUUCGACUUCAACGGACCGAGCAGAGCUCCGCCGCGCAGGAACGACUCCCGGACAAACAACCCGUACGCACCCUUUGCGAGCGAGCAGCAGGUCGACGGCGGCUACCAGUCGAACACGCUGAGCAACAACAAGAGGGCAAACGGCCCGUGGCAGUCGCAGCGUGAUUUUUGA